AUGUCGGGUACAGAGAACACGGCAUCUCCGCGCGCCCCUAGGGGCGCAAAGCACCAGCACUCGAGGAGCGCAAACCCGACGCCGUCAAACGACACCGGGAACAAGCCUCAGAGACGGCCAAAGGGCAAUCGCGCGCACAAUACCUAUAACGCGGCGCCACAGAACAAUGCCACGCAUGUCGCCGCCAGCCAACCGGCGAAAGCCCAAGACGCCGCCUUCCCGGACAGCGCUGUCGUCUCGAGUGAAGAGGUAGCCAUCCCGGCGGGGCCGCGAGGCGCAAAGAAACAUACGCGGUCGCAGCCCUCUGGCGGUCCGGUCUUCACUCCUACUGCAAUCCCGGCCUCUUCUUUGACCGAUUCCGAGCUGGGCCAGAACAACGCUGCUGCAACCCCGGCAAAAGUACAAGCAGCGUAUGCCGGGCCAACUUUCCACGCCUCCCCAGCGCCGUCUGCUCUCCCAAUUCCCAAGUUUCUCUCAAAGUCAGUUCCGGCGAAGGCUCGAUCUGGACCGCCAACCCCGCCUCCAGAAGAAGGCUCUGAGUCUUCACCGUCCCCGUCCCCGUCCCCGUCGCCUUCUCGUGCCCCGAUUCCAGUCCCUCCUCGUCAUGAAGACUCUCCUUUAGACAUGCUCUUUAGGGCAGAUAGGGCAGAGAAAGCCAGGAACACUAAUUGCAGUCCAGUUUCGGCCUCAUUUUCUUCUCCAAAUCAGCCUCUGGUUAAUGGCAGGCCCCACCACGCGAAGCAGGACUCGUAUAGCUCGCUCAAUGCCCCGUUUCCUAUCGAACUUGACGGUGAAAGCAAGAGCACACAUCCGUCUCCUCCGGCAGCAUCUCCUGGCGCCCACCGUUCUGUCACUGCGCCCUCCAAAAUCCCGCAGGUUGGCGACUCGGCCAAACCGAACGAUGACUCUGGCGCCAUUCAAGAUCUCCUCAAUAGGCUCUCCAUGUCCCAGAAGAAGCCGACAACCUCUACGCCGCCGAGGACUGUCGACCAUAUGCCCUCCGAUCCUUCCUUGCGGCAACACACUCCCCCGUUCCACGACGGCAGGUCUUCCUAUCGUAGCACUUCCGGGCCUACUACCCCGGCGCCAACUUCCCAGGAGGCACCUGAUUUCUUCUAUGGCAACCGAAAUCUAUCGCCCCUCUUCAAGGCCGCAAAGACGGAAACAAACAAGCGCAAUUCUGGUCUACGCAUGGAGAUCACCGCAGACUCGCCGUUGAUGGCGCAGGGAGGCUUUCCUCCGAUGCCUCCGCCCACGAAUAUCGAUACCAACGCGGCUAACCAUAAGGCAAGGACGCCUGGGCGACGUUCAUAUCAUCCUCGUCCGGACUCUUACCCCCAUGCCAAGAAGAACGCAGAGACAAACGGAACUACGAGCGGGGCGCCUAUUUCAAUGCCCAAGUCGAGCACGAGCUCUACCUUUUCUUUCGUUCCCUCCUCUGUACGGGCGAAGCCAUCGUCGACUCCUCCCAGGACAUCAGCAUCAGACCCCUUGGCGUUGGAGCAGGAUUUGAAGCGCAUGCUUAACCUCAAGACUAAUGGGGAUACGAACGGCGUCCGGUAA